UGAGCUGUCCCUGACAGAGUGAAGUCACAAAGAGCGAGCCAGCAGCCGCUGGCUGGGAGCCCUCAGCCUUCCCUGGCUUUCAGGGUGUUUCCCACUUCUGGGAGCAGCAAUGGAAAAGCCUGCAGGCAGGAAAAAGAAGACCCAGGCCCCAAAGGAGGAAGCAGGUGUGCCAAAGACCACUGUCAAAGGAGAGAAAGUAUCUAAGGCAAAAAAGCCAACCAAGAGGUCAGCGAGAAAGCCCCGGAAGCCCCGCAAACAGCCCGUCCUGAGUCCCGAAGACGAGGCGCAUAUCUUUGAUGCCUUUGAUGCCUCAUUUAAAGAUGACUUUGAGGGCGUCCCCGUGUUUAUUCCUUUUCAGAGGAAGAAACCCUACGAGUGUGGUGAUUGCGGACGAAUCUUCAAACACAAGACAGACCACAUCCGCCACCAGAGAGUUCACACUGGAGAGAAGCCCUUUAAGUGCGACCAGUGUGGGAAGACCUUCAGGCACAGCUCAGACGUCACCAAACAUCUGAGAAUCCAUACUGGUGAGAAGCCCUUUAAAUGUGGGGAGUGUGGGAAGGCCUUCAACUGUGGCUCCAAUCUUCUGAAACACCAGAAAACACACACUGGAGAGAAGCCUUACGGCUGCGAGGAAUGUGGAAAAACCUUCGCCUACAGCUCCUGCCUCAUCCGGCAUCGGAAGCGUCAUCUGAGGAAGAAGCACUGAGCAGGGCAACUUGAAACUAUGGAUCUUUGUCAAACAUCAGAUGUUGGUCUAGGUUUCUCAUGCAGUAUGCUACUGAUGGCUCAUCUGGCUGCCGUGUCUCUGUCAUCAGAAGGAAAUUUCACCUCUCAGACGUGAGAACCCACAGAGGCUUUCCACCCUGUGAGUCUACACUUGGUGGUGACACGGUGCUCCCUGGGGGCUUACUGCAGCUCCAGCCAUUUUCCAGACUACUUCAUCCUACUCAGGGGCAUCUUUGGAACAGCAUUGGGUCACCGAGAACUUAUAGCUAAAGUGACACCCUGUUGGCUAGGGCCACUGCCUCCCUCUGCGGCCUCUGCUGGCUCAUCCACUACACAUCUGUCAGUCCACCUGAAGGUGCCUGGCUCUGGAUGCCUGGCCCAUGCAGUCUGCUGGGGGCUAGCGACUCUAAGGUGGAUGGCAGGCAGCACUCUGACUAGCUCUGAGGACCCAGGUCCCCUUGGACUACACCAGAGCUUGCUCAUCUCUGUGCAGAUGACUGAGGUGGUCCUGAAAUUGCUCUCUUGUGGCUGAGCCAACAGUCUCUGAGCUCAGCCCAGUGCCUGAAACUGUGCCGCACUGUGUACCCUUGUCCCAGCCACCGCCGUAGACAAGGAGCCUGGAUCCACCCAGAGUGGCUGCGGUGGACCCCUGCACCCUACCAUGGUGGCAGAUUGUGUAGAUUAGGUCUUGUGGCUCCUCACCACUGUACCCUCAGAAACAACUGACCCUGCCCCAUGGCAGCCUGCCAUUCAGUCAGUUCCGCGUCCUGCCUGUCACCAGGACAAGGUGAUGUGAUUGUGCCUGCCCUCUGUCCCAGGUGCUUUAUGAGGUCUGUGUUCUGAGGACGGCAAAGUGACUGCUGACUAGAAGGUUGCUAGUACAGAUCUCCCCAGCAAGAAGCUUAGAAAAGUGAGAGUCAGUGUCUACCUCCACCACAGGGCACUGCAGAUGCCCACUGGGGUCAUGCACCAGGGGGGAGGCUAUCAUCACAGAAUCCACUGGCAACAGGAAAUCUGUAGGAAGAUGAGCUCAGGGAGGCCUUUUGGAUGCCAUGGGGUGACUCCAGGACACUUGGACUUGUUCCCACCCUGAAGUUAAGGUGGCCACAUCACAUCGUUCACAAGAGACCAUUAGCUCUGGCCCACUGUCAGCCUGCUGGAGAGUCCCCAGCACCAGCUCUUUACUUCAUUAAGACACUCUGAACAGCCACCUGGGUCAAACUAAAUGUUCAGAACCUUCUAGAUGUCUUGAACUGUGUCCUGGGCAAUGACGAGCACUCUAGCAAUGUAUUAGUAUUCUAAUUACAGAAGCAUACUCAACCGCAACCAGAAACUUCUGAGACAUGCAAGGCAGCCACACUUGUUAGCACCUCAGCUGCCACACGCGGUGGGCCUUGUCCUGUGGAAAGGUUCUGACAGCGUGGCUGCUGCUCAGCCUCACUUGGAGCAGAAGCACUGCCAGGGCCUGACAACAAGUGACUAAGAGCUCUGAGCUCCACUGGCAUCCAUUCCCUCAGUCCUCCCAACCAGGUGAGAAGUCAGGAGCCACCCUAGGGAGAGUCAGAAAUAGCCCUGGACUGGGCCCAGGACCCUUGGUCAGCCUUGACUCCAGCUGGCGACUUCAGCUCCUGGAAGUCUGUAGCUCCAGGGCACACUGGGGCUCCACUCCUUCACCUUUGGAUCCAUUCCAGUUUGACAUCAAGACACAAGCACUUCCUGUGCAAGUGAGUUAGGACACCAAGAUGCCCUGAAGAGGAGGAAGAAAAGCUGUGAACCCUGACUCAAGGAACAGAUGCGCUGUAGCUUCUAGGGAAGAUUUGGGUGGGGGUCCCCUCUGGUGUGGACCCCAGGCACAGUGCAGACAAGGAGACUAGCCUCUGUGCCACAUUUCCCCUUAUGCCAAGAGACGGCUCUCCCUAUCAGCCUACCCCUUCUGAACAUUGUGCCAGUAGAGUUGAAUGUUUGCUUUUUCCUGGUUCUGUCUCAAGGAAGACAAGUAGAUUGCCCUCUCCUGACUCAGAUCCCCUGGGACUGAUGCUUUCAUGGGGCAGCUCCCAGCCAACACCUAGGUGAGGCAUUGCUCUGCAGCUGGGCCUGCAGUCAUUUGGCUCUGGACCUGCAGAGGGUUCUUGGCACCCGUGAACUGUUAGCACCCAGCGGGCCUGUCAACACCUCCCUUGGCCACAUCAACGAUAUGCUGGAGCCUCAUCUUCUAUCUGGCUGGUGCAGAGAGAGACACCUGUGUGUCCUCAUGCCCUAUACACUCCCCGUGGGGCAUAUCCCGCCCUGCUGUGCUAAACUGCAGUGAGUGGUGGAUCCUCUGAGGGCUGCAGCCACAGCCCGUUGUGUUGUAGCAGAUGUUCUUCCCAGUCUGGUGUUUGUGUCGCAGUUGUUAACUCUUCCAUGUAAACCAUCCUUGGUGCUGUGUCAGUGUUGUGCACAUUGGACUAGACGGUUUGUUUUGCUGUGCACUCGGUGGCUUCCUUCGUGUGUGGCCCCCUACUCCAUGGACACCUGCACUGAUCUCCACAUUGCCUUGCAGGAGCUGCCAUGGUUUUGUGAGCAGAUGCUGUUGCUGCUGCUACUGGAUGUCUAUUUUCUCAUAAAAGUAAAUGUGUUUCCAGCCUGCUUACUGUGCUCUGUCAAGUUCCCACAGUGGAGGGAUGCCCUCCAAGAAGCCGCCAUCUUCCUCCACUGGGGACAGAGCUGCGAGACCAGGGUUCUGGCUGGUCACUGUUUCUCGGGAGUGCCUGGGAUGCUCCAGUGACCAUGCUCACGAGAGUACAGUGUGUAAUCGAGAAAAGUCGUCCCUGCUGUACGAUGGGGUGAGGGUAGAGGCUCUACAGCAGCAAGGCAUCGUCUCCCUUUUUGACCCCAGAUACUAGGAUACCAGGUUAGGGUUUGGCUAGUUGUUGAGUGUCUGUAGCAGGGGUCCUGGGAAUCAUCCAUGCAUCCUCCGUUUAUGGCAGUUGUUCUCAACAAGGGACACUUAACAGUGCCUGGGGACAGCUUUGUGCCAGGAUUUGGCCAGACCUCAUAAUACACAGGUGAGCCCCCCACAGCAGCAGGCAGCAUUGGUGCCGUGUUGUCACUGAAGCUAGGGACCGAGCUGGGCUCACAGUCAGCAGAAGCAGGAGGAGCCCUUCCCUUUUCUGAUGUGUUUUCCUGCGGCCCCAAGACUAACCUUAAAAUGAAGGAAAAAGGAUCAUUUGAGCUUUCAAGAUCUAGAAUAGCUAACAAUAGUGAGACCCCCAUUUCAAAAAUGGGAUGGGGUGGGGGUGGAUCUGGAGGUUUAGCCCAAUAAUGAAACACACACAGCAGACUUGAGACCCUGGUUUCAGGUCCCAUCCCCAGCAUUUUCAAAAAAAGGAAGGCAGGCUGGAGAGAUGGCUCAGUGAUUUAAGAGUACCAGUUGCUCUUCAAGAGGACCCAUG